AUGCCACCGCGUUCGCUCCUCGCGCUCCUCGCGCUCGCCAACGUCGCGCUGUGGAUCGCGCGCGCCGCGACGCGCGCGUUAGACAAGUCGGCGCUCCGCGGCCGGCGCGCGCGGGCGCUCGUCGUGCUCGGCAGCGGCGGACACACGGCGGAGAUGCUGCGCAUCCUGCGCGACGCGCGAACGCUCGACCGACUGGACGUCGCGGCGUACGUCGUCGCGAGCACGGACGCGCGGAGCGCCGACAGAGCGCUCACGUUCGAGCGCUCGCGACGCGGCGCUCGCGGCGAGGCGCGCGUGCUGACGAUCGGACGCGCGCGAGAGGUGGGCCAGCGAUGGACGACGAGCGCGGCGACGACGGCGCGCGCGUGCGCGGCGGCGAUCGCGAUCGUCGCGCGCGUGAAACCGGACGUGGUGAUUUGUAACGGACCGGGGACGUGCGUGCCGAUCGUGCUGGCGGCGAUGGCGCGACGCGCGCUGGGGUGGCGAACGCCGGCGACGGUGUUCGUGGAGAGCGCGUGUCGCGCGCGAACGCUCAGCCUGACGGGGAAGAUUUUUUAUCAUCUGAGGUGCGUCGAUCGGGUGUGCGUGAUGUGGGAGCGCGCGCACGCGGCGUAUCCUCGCUCGACGUUCGUCGGGCGCGCGAUGUAG